UUGAAGAGCAAACAAUUGAUGUAUUGCAUAGAAGAUUAUAUUCUACACAACACUGGGGUCAAGCAAACAUGCAGAGAUAACUACUGUCUACAUCUAACUGACAUGACAUCCCUGUCACUCGAAGAAAACACGGCAGUACUCGCGCAGAAUCCAUACCCGCCCCAGGUACAGACCCACGACAAAAGGUACGGGUUCUGCGUGGGCUGUACAGGUUGUGCGGGUCAUGAUUGGUCACACAGGGUGGAUUAGUGGGCGGCAAGAUCGGGCGAAUGGGCGACGAGAUCGGGCAGGCGGACGAGAGCGGACAAGUGGAUGAGAAGCUCAGCACAAGUGGGACAGAAGGCGAGCGCAGGUGGCCGGACAAGAACAGAUGGUUGGUCAAGCGGGCGAGGGAGACGACAGUCAACCAGAAGCGAACGGGAUGGCAGGCAAGCGGACAAUGGGCAGGCAGAACGAGGGGCGAGCAGGAUGGCGAGCGAGCGCGUCGAGGUCACAGGCAUUCACGACCAGCUACACGAAGGCGAAGUCUAUACUCGUGGGACCUGGUCGACUGGACACCGUGCUACGUGCGGGAGAAUCGUCAUACCGCACCCGCCCCUCACGUUCCUGACUCUCGCUCCGCGCCAAACACUCAGGCGUUCGGACGCUGCAUGACGCGGAGACGCGAGCCGUCAGCAGUGGGUCCACCACCCAAGCCUGUUCUUCGAGGUUCCUCUUCAAUGUAUUCGUAGAUGGCAGCAUUGGCAGGGAGAUCAUGUUGGUGAUGGUUCACCUUUGUGCCGCAAAUGAUGCCCUUGAGCCUCGCACUCGAACUCUUUCGGCUGCGCAGUCGCUCGGUUCGUGUGUCCUCGGUGAGAACGGGUGGGCGGGUGCGAGAGGGUGAG